AUGAGGCCGCAGAUAGUUCUGUUCGGCGAUUCAAUAACGGCGCAGUCGUUCAAAUCCGGCGGAUGGGGAUCUGCCCUUGCCGACGCAUACUCUCGCAAAGCUGAUGUAGUGGGCUCUUCUUCAGCUUCUCCAGUUGCUACGACGAUAUUCUUUGGAGCAAACGAUGCAGCUCUCAAAGGAAGGACGAGUGAUAGGCAGCAUGUGCCAGUGGAAGAGUACACAGAUAACAUGAGAAAAAUGGUUCUGCACUUAAAGAAAUGUUCACCUACCAUGCUGAUUGUGCUUGUAACUCCACCACCAAUCGAUGAAGCUGGACGGCAAAGUUAUGCAGAAUCAAUCUAUGGUGACAAAGCUAUGAAAGAGCCUGAGAGAACAAACGAAGCCACAGGAGUCUAUGCACAACAUUGUGUUGCAUUAGCUGAGGAGCUCGGUCUGCGAUGUGUCAACCUCUGGUCCAAAAUGCAGGAAACCGAUGAUUGGCAGAAAAAGUACCUAAGUGAUGGACUGCAUCUAACGCCAGAAGGCAAUGGAGUAGUAUAUGAACAAGUCUCGAGAGUGUUUAGAGAAGCUUGGCUCACUCCUGAAGAAAUGCCGUUUGAUUUCCCUCAUCAUUCGCAGAUCGACGGUCAAAACCCAUCAAAAGCUUUCCAAGAUCGUUGCUUAUAA